GUGGAGAUCAGCAGAGAGCAGGAACAGCUUCCUGGAUGGAAACUAAACGCAGGAGCAGAGCAGACACACACACACACACACACACACACACACACAGGCCAGACAGGAGCGAGCAGGACGUUUAACAUGGUUUUAGUUUUCUCUGUAACCCCGGUGCGUGUGUGAGGAGGGCGGAAGCAGCGGGACGGUGCUGGAAUUAGGCGUUGACAGUUCAUUAUAACAGACUGUAUCAACACAUGUGUCACUGUAAGAGCACUGCGGCUGUGGAUCUGGACUCAGGCAGCUCCUACACCCAGUGGUCCACAGGCAAGGAACAUGGAGGCUGUAGCUCCUCUCAGUCCCCAGCAGAAGGGCUAGGAGCAGCCUGAUACUUCCCUCCUUCCCUACCCACAUGCCUCGCCCCACCAUGGCCAGCAGGACUCCCACCCUGAGCCAGGAAACUGGGGAUUUGCCACCAGGGACCCCCGAGGCUGGCGCAAACCCCCAGCCAGGGCCCGAGGUCUUCUGUAAGCUGUGCCUCAGCGAGGAGCCGCCUGCAGCCACCAGGGAACUGCAGAGCUGCAACUGUGUCUUCUGCACAGCGUGUUUGCAGCAGUAUGUUCAGCUGGCCAUCACGGAGGGUGGGGGGGCACCCAUCACCUGCCCAGAUAUGUCCUGCCAAAAGACUGGAGUGCUGCUGGACUCUGAGAUAGCUAGCUUGGCCCCAGAAGAUCAGGUGGAGCUGUAUCGGCGUCUGGCGUUUGAGAGAGGAGUGAAGUUGGACCCCAGUAAAGCCUGGUGCCCGGUGCUCGAAUGCCAGGCAGUGUGCAGCUUACAGUCGAGCACCGAGGGCCAGCCCACUGCUGUGCCCUGCCCGACCUGUCACACCAUCUUCUGCUCCGGGUGCAGAGGCUCCUGGCAGGACGGCCAUACCUGUCCUGAGCUCGAGCCCAUGAUGUCACCCUCACCCACUCAUGAAAGCAGGGCCCGCUCCGACAGUGACUCUGACAUGCCCAUCAAGCAGUGUCCUAUGUGUGGUAUCUACAUCGAGAGGAACCAGGGCUGUGCGCAGAUGCUGUGCAAGAGCUGCAAACACACCUUCUGCUGGUACUGCCUGCAGAAUCUGGAUGGUGAUAUCUUCCUGAGGCAUUAUGAUAAGGGACCGUGCAGAAACAAGCUGGGACACUCCAGGGCCUCGGUUAUGUGGAACAGAACGCAGGUGGUGGGUAUCCUGGUGGGGGUCAGCAUCAUCGUGCUGGUGACGUCUCCACUCCUCCUGCUGGCCUCGCCCUGCAUCUUGUGCUGCGUCUGCAAGCCCUGCAGCGGGAAAAAGAAGAAGAAGAAGAAGAGGAAGAAGGACCUCAGCCAGCCAGACUCAUCAGCAUCAUAGCAGCCCCCCCUCUCAUCAGCCCAGGAUCACUCUGCUAAUCUCAUGAGGCCCAAGGAAACCGAGAGAGUGCAAGUGCUGCAUAAAAAGAGAAAAGUUGUGGAACAAUGGAGGAAAUUUUCAUGACUCGACAGACUGGUGGUUCAGUAACGUUGUCGGGAUCAACAAAUGCAGACUUUCAACUUAAAGCUCUGUGAGAGAGCUGCUCAAAAAUCACUCUUGAAUUACAAGAGCAUGUACUUUAUAUGGUAAAAGUGUAAAUAGUGGGAGAAUGAAUGUAAGUUACUCACCUACUUGUUUUCAAAUGCACAACAGGUAGUAUGGCGAAGGCAGUGGCUGUGAGAGUUUUCCUGGACAGGGCUUUUGUAAUCGCCCACCUCUCUCUCACACAGACACACAAACACACACAGUUCAAAGUGCAACGCCACCCUCAUGUGCCAAACGUCAUGAUGCCAAACCAGAGAUGUUAGGUGCUCAAGUGCCUCACUCUACAGUGCCUGGUGCUUGGUCGUAUUUGUUUUGCCUUCCAUUCUAUCUUUAUCUUAUGCAAAAAUUUUAGCAUUAUGAAAAUGGACAACCGUCAGGACAACACAGGAUCCUAAAUCCCUAAACGAUGCAAAACAUUCGCAAUGGGAGAAGGCAAACGGUGUCAUGUGUGCACUGUAUAUUCUGUACUGAUAUGAAAUAUGAUAGGGCUUCAAUGGUGCACAGAGAACUUCCCUUCUGCAAAUGUUUGUUGUUUCCACCUGGCAUAUGUUCCAGACCAAAGGCUCUAAAGGAUAAUGUGUACUUUUCUAAAGUGUGUGUUAAUAUGUAUUUAUGGGUUAUGUGUGUGUGGUAUCCUGUUAUAAUUUCUACGUUUCUGUUGAUGUUUCUGCAUCAGAUAUUUUAUAAAAGCGCCAUUGUAAUUGAAAUAAACAUGCAUCAGGCGGUACUAUGUUUUUCUACAGGGA